CAUAUAAUGACCGACUUAAAACCUCAAUUUUUUUCCCAAUAUGAGGUACCAAUUAAAUUUCCAAAACUCUUAAAACUUUUCAUUUUUGCUAGUAUUUCAGAAAGUGUGAAAACCGAAGAGAUUUAAACAUUAUUAACAGAGAUCUUUUCUCCUUUUUUUUUUUUCCUUUUACUUUUCCUUUUUGUUUUGUGUUUUGCUUGAGCAAGAGAGCUUUUUGUGUGUGUUUUGUUUUAUCUUUUUCUCUCUAAAUUCAUCAUAGUGGUAAAGUCACAUUCUGAUUAAAAUAGAAAUGCUUUUUCCAUCGUAAGGGAUCAUCUUUUCAUGCCCGAUUGCAUCAGUGCAGAUUUCCUUAUUUACAUCUCUUCUCUUCUCAAAUUUUUCCUCUUUUUUUUUUUUUUUUCUUCUUAAUCUCUCUCUCUCCCUUACUCCACUUCAAUAUAAAUUUCCCCAAAUCUUUUUUAUUUUUCUCUGGAUCGUAUCAGUGAGAGGGUAGAAGAAGAUUGUGAGAAAAAUUGAAGCAAACCCACAUAUGAUUACGUCCUCUGUGACCUGAGAAAACCCUACUCAGAAGAAUAAAAAAAACUCAGUGCUUUUUUUAUCUGACGAACAGAGACACACUUACUAAUGGGUUCAGAGCAGCAUAGAUUUCUUCAGCAGGAGCAGAGGAAAAGGUGGGGAGGUUGUUUAGGAGUGUUCUCAUGCUUCAAGUCACAAAAAGGAGGGAAACGAAUUGUACCUGCAUCUCGGAUUCCUGAAGGUGGUAAUGUCUCAGCUUCACAAUCUAAUGGACCUCAUCAAGCUGGUGUCUUAAACAAUCAAGCUACAGGAGGAAUCAAUCUAUCACUUCUAGCUCCACCAUCCUCUCCAGCUUCCUUCACCAAUUCAGCUCUUCCUUCAACUGCUCAGUCACCAAACUGUUACUUAUCACUGGCUGCAAACUCUCCUGGAGGUCCUUCAUCGAGUAUGUAUGCCACUGGACCAUAUGCUCAUGAAACUCAAUUGGUCUCACCGCCUGUUUUCUCUACAUUCACUACUGAGCCAUCGACUGCUCCUUUCACUCCUCCUCCAGAGCUUGCACGUUUGACUGCUCCUUCUUCACCUGAUGUACCUUAUGCUCGUUUCUUGACUUCCUCCUCUGGUAAAGGCCAUUACAAUGUUUCAAGUGAUCUUCAGGCUACGUAUUCUCUUUAUCCCGGAAGUCCAGCCAGCGCUCUUAGAUCACCAAUCUCUCGUGCUUCAGGAGAUGGGCUAUUGUCUCCUCAAAAUGGUAAAUGCUCAAGGAGUGAUUCUGGCAACACCUUUGGGUAUGACACAAAUGGUGUCUCAACACCUUUGCAGGAGUCAAACUUUUUCUGUCCUGAAACUUUUGCCAAGUUUUACCUGGAUCACGACCCUUCGGUUCCUCAAAAUGGUGGAAGGUUAAGCGUGUCGAAAGAUUCAGAUGUGUAUCCUUCAAAUGGAUAUGGAAACGGGAACCAGAAUAGGCAGAACAGAAGUCCCAAGCAAGACAUGGAGGAGUUGGAAGCUUACAGGGCUUCUUUUGGGUUUAGUGCAGAUGAAAUCAUCACAACUAGUCAGUAUGUAGAGAUCACUGAUGUGAUGGAUGAUUCUUUUAGCAAAGCGACUUACUCUCCAAGCGAUGGACAAAAGCUGCUCAGAAGAGAAGUAAAUUUGCUGAGUCAAACAAGUCCCAAAUCAGAAGCUGAUCUUGAUUCACAAGCUGUGGACUUUCAUUCACCAAAGGCAUCAAAUGGCUACAAAGAUCACAAGCAAAGAAACCAGCGCAUCCACGCUGAUGAAGAGGCUCUAUUAUCGAGAGUGGGUUCUGUAAAAGGAAGCAGAAGCUAUCCCAUCUCGAGCUCUGAUGCAGAGGUAGAAUACCGAAGAGGAAGAAGCUUAAGAGAAAGCAGAGAGAACAGACACAGGAUAGGCUGAUCAAGACGACAAAAACAACAACAAAGCCAGCUCUGUUCUUAAGGUCUUCUAAGUUCUAAAAUGUGAGAUGCUAACUCUUGAGAUAAGAAAUCUAGUGUUUUUUUUCUUUAAGUAUAUAUAGAUAUAUAAAAAUAUAUAUAUUACAGAUGGUUUUUUAAGUAGAAGAAUGAUGUUAUAUAUAUAAGAAGAGAGCAAGGGUGAGAAAGUGAAUGCUUGUUUUUUAGUUUGACAUGGCUUUUUUGUAAGACCCAUCUUUUAUCUAAUUGCAGCUAUCUGUUUUGAGGUUCUUUA